UCUGUGCACCGUGGCGAUGAGGGACUGGUCCGCCAGGACGGACGAGGGCGUCCUGGACCCGGACACUAGCGUCGUAGGAUAUCGGGUCGAUGCGCUGGACUUGAGUAAUUCAACCGCCAAGUGGAUGAGCCGAGUGACAUCAGAUGUGGAAGUUUCCAGUCGAGAGCUUGCCUUCUACCUUGCCCCCUGCGGGCGGUACGCUGUGCGGGUCCUUGUCAACACCUCGAGGGGCUUAGCGCACCCUGACUACAACCUCGGCAUCCGGCACGCUAAGGUGCAGACUGCCUGCCCCACUGAAGGAGCCUCUACAUCCCCAUCACCAGGAAUCAUUCCCAGCGUUAUCACAGGCGUGGUGGUGCUGGCUGUCGUGGUUGUCGCGUUGUUGGGGAUUCUCUGGCUGAGGCGCAAGAAGCAGCGGCCGGUCCAGGUCCCCGUCACCAUGCCGAUUACACAUCCCGAUCUUCAGGAAAUGGAAACGAUCAGAAAAAAUGUUGAAGGAUGCUGGGAGCUUGGCCCGAAGUAUUUCCGGAAAAUAUUAAACAUUGAAUGCAGAGAUAAGCAACCAAAUCAUUCAUAUAAGGAAUAUAUUCAGAUAAAACACAGCAACUUCUCUGAAGGUAACUGGAAGAGGUUAUGUCCGAACUGGCGAUACCGUGAGAUUUUCCAGGAUAAAACUUCUUCCGAUGAUAUGGAUACAACGGAAGUCUUUGCUCUGUUCUGUGCAAUCUUCCAAACCAAAUAUGAAGAGAAUGACUGCAAAGAACUGAAGACUAAAUUAGAGGCCGUCAAAGACAUAAGAAAUGAAAUGGCGCAUGAGGGCAGCGCUAUGAAAAAUCCAUCCAAACUUCCAGAACUCCACAGCAAGUUGCUGGAGCUCAUCCAAGUGGCGGGGAAGUUUUACCAACUCUCGAAGCGUGAGGUAAAAGCAAUGGAGGUUGAAUUGCGAAGUGACAUAAGCAGGGGGUUUUCUCCCAGCGAUCUGAAACAGACUUAUUUUUCUCACUGCUUGUGCAGUGAAGGGAAACAAAAUGCCAGCCGUCUUUUACAAAAUUUCACCAACGAUCUAAGCAGCGGCGUAGGUCAUCUCAAACUCUCAGCUGAUUUUUACCCGCCCAAACUAACGCUGCCUGACGAAGAUGAGAAGAAAUUUCCUUACACGCAAGUAUUCGAAGCUACCACUGCAGUUGCUGUUGUGUCUGGCGUUGCAGCGGCUGGAAAGUCGACACUACUCAAGAAUUUAAUCCAACAGUUCCUCGGAUUGCAGCGCGAAGUACCGGACUACCUCAAGAGCUUCGACCUUCUAGUUUUCAUCGAGUGCAGGGAUGACACGAAAGACAAAUUGCAUCAAGUUGUUCGCGAGCACUUCGGGGACGUUUGCUCAAAAAUAGGCCAGGAAAAUAUUUUGCCGACUCUCUCGUGUCUUUGCGUUCUAUUCCUGGUCGACGCAUUUGACGAGGCCAACGAAAACUCUAUGACGGUUUUGCGAGAAUUGUUUCAGAAAACAUGGCAUCGUGAAUCUCGCAUUAUUAUCACGACUCGUCCAAAAGCAAUCGAAGAACUCGAGCAGUUCAUUCGCCAGAGUAGUUUUACUCAUUACCAUAUCAAUCCUCUCUCAGAGCUGGCAGAGCAGUUGGAAUUCAUCAAAGGAUGUAAACAAAAUCUGACCAAUGAUCCAGCUAUCUGUGCAGCGAUGCAGGAUCGAUUCUCCAAACUCAGCCCCGAAGUUAGAAAAUUACUUACACAGCCCAUUUCUCUGCUUCAGUUCUGCACCAUUUUUCUAACUUCUCCAAAAAUGAUCGACAAUUGGCACAGCGCAAAAGACUUGUCAAGGGAUACAUUGAUGUUAUACAAGACUGUAAUUGAAAGAAAAUUGUGCGAUUCGCACGUCCCCGACAAAUCAGUUCUGAUCAACAAGAUUUUCAAAGUCAUCGGGAAGUCCGCCUUGAAGUAUCUUUCCAUGAACAAGAUCGCCUUCUCCAAGGACGAGUUUUUGCUGUUUGAGCAAGAAUGCCACGACCAAAUGACCGCACACAAUGCAGCCAUGACAAUCGAUUCAAAAGUUUUUCUCACACUUAUUUUCACCGUCAAAAGAAAUUUUCUAGGAACCACUGGUGCCAGAUACUCCUUCACUCACAAAUCUAUUCAAGAAAAAUUCGCAGCAUUGUUUAUUUCCGAAGAACUGAAGAACGACAAGUCCCUCCAUGAAAUACUAGGCACAACACAGGCGAUGAAGGCGAGCUUCAUGGAUGUACUGCCGUAUGUCAUGCAAGACCUAAGCAGCUGUCCAUUGCUGUUCCAACGCCACUGGCCUGAACUGAGGGAAGUCAUUACCGAAACUGGGCUCUACAGCUGCGAAGACUGGCAAAACUUGCUGCUCCAGGGUCCUGGCCUCAUCGAGCUGGCGAAACAUGCGGCCAAGAUCACGAUCACAGCGACAGAUGAAUGGACCGUUCGCUCCGCUCGCAAUAUGGAAGCUGUAUCAUUAAUGUUGCAAUACGAGCAACCUCGUCUCAUCAACAUCAAAUUACCGUCUGCUGAUCUGGCCGCUGCUGGCUUUAGCUGGUCUGGAUUGACAAGCCUUUACCGAGGACAACUUGAGCUGCACCUCGAGGAGAGUUCCGUGGCGACACAAGCGCAAUAUGAAGACCUGCUCGAGUGCCUAAACUUUUCCAGGUGUCAGCUUACUGAGUUGGUGGGCAGUAUCAGCAGUGACGCUAGCGUCUCCGCUGUGGCUUCUGUGUCCACGGCGGCCAAUACGGAACUUUCCAUCUCACUCUCGGCCCCCCUCAACUUGAACACUCUGCAGGGCAAAUAUAAGAGUCUAGUAGUGAAGAUCCGUCCACUCGAAGAUUCUUGGGCUUCCGUGUUCCAGCCAACUCGGUCCUCGCCGUGUCCGGAGAAACAAGACGACGGGUUUGAGACUCAUGAGCCCGAUGCUGCUGAGGGGCGUCUGCCUGCCUAUCCUCCGCCGCAACUCUGGGUACUUGACGCCAAGCCCGGCAGCCGCGAGACGAUCGCCCGAGCCAUACGCACAAUCGCCCCGCUCACCAAAAGACUUGCCAAAAUAAGGCUGCUGCAUUGCGGUCUGGCUGAUGAUGAGGUAUGGCAGCUGCUGCUGCACCUGCACAGCGACGGCAUCAGAAGCAUCGGUGUCGGGCUGACGCGCUUCACAAAGAACCCUGAAGGGCACCUGGAGCUAUUUGUGGCGGACGAUCUGCCGGACUUUACAGGGACUGCGAGUGCCGUGCAGCAAGUCAUCGCUCAGCUACAGUCCCGGGACGCCGGGGACUUCGAGGCCCAGUGGCCGGAGCUGAGGAGGGCGAUGGAGGAAGCGGGCGCCUCAGCGCGCCACUGGUGGGAGGUGCUGCUGAGCCGUCCUCACGAGCCCGCGCUCGCCGAGUUCGCUGCUCGAAUAACUCGGAAGGAAAACGAGCAGUUCAUGAUACAGAGCACGCGCGACUUGGAAGCGGUUGCACUGAUGCUGCAUUACGCGCAAGACACGCUCGUCAAGGUGAAGGCUUCGUUAGAAGCUUUGAGAAGCCCAGCUUGGGAACAGGCUUUAAAGCAUCAUACCGGAAUAAUGCAGCUGGAAAUUCUGGACAUGAGCCUUGAUUUUACACCAUGUGAUGACGUGCUGCAGCCUCUACUCAGCAGCAGUUCCAAGAUCAAAAGUUUCCAGGGGCACAUCAGGACGGAGGCAGGCAUCGCGGCGCUAGCUUCAGCGGCGGCUUCAGCGUCCAUACACAUCAGGGUCGAGGCGCCGCUCAACCUCAGCGCACUGCACGGGAAAUACGCUGAACUGCACGUUUGCACGCCCGUACUUGACACGGCUGUUGCAGCAGCGCCUCUACCAGCCCUGCCUUCUCCCGUGCUGCAGGUUCUCAGCCCCGGUGCUGGCACCUGGGAGGCCGUGGCCAGGACGGUGCUGACUUUUGCACCAAGAUGCAAAAAGUUGUUGGCAAUUGAGCUGUGGCAGUCUGCGCUAAGCGAGGAGGAGGAGCGACUGCUGCUGUUGACCCUGCACGAGAAGAGGCUGAAGACCAACGAUGCAGGCACCACACGUGCCGAGCCUCAUGGCGCACACCGAAGGCGACUCCGCCUCUGUGAAGAUCCUCCGGCCACCCACUCACCGUGACUUGCCCCCUGGAAACAGAAGUGAGCUCGAGUUCAGGUUCGAGGAUG